AGUUCUGCGGCGCCUGCGCCCUCGCUGCUGCCUUACUCUCGUCUCCACUUCGUUUUCCAGGGGGAUCUGGGUCCCUUCAAUCCCGGCUUGCCGGUGGAAGUGCCCGUCUGGUUGGCCAUUAACCUGAAGCAGAGGCAGAAGUGUCGGCUGGUUCCUCCAGAAUGGAUGGAUGUUGAAAAACUGGAGGAAAUCCGGGACCAGGAGCGUAAAGAGGACACCUUCACUCCGAUGCCCAGCCCCUACUACAUGGAACUCACCAAGCUGCUGUUAAACUACGCCUCAGACAACAUCCCCAAAGCCGACGAGAUCCGGACGCUGGUGAAGGACACCUGGGACACGCGG